UGGCGCUGGCAGGUAGCGCUUAUCCCGACAAACCAGAAACGAGGAAGAGAACGAGCCAAUCAGGUGAAGUCAGGGGGAACUCGUCCGGGCAUGUUCUAGUUGGACACGUGCUGCUGUAGAAGGUGUGAUCAUGAGACACCUGCCGUCAUUACGUGAUGUCCCAGGCGUCAGGAAGAAAUAGAGGCUCUGCCUCACGGGGCCUCCUGGGCAACUACAGGUAUCUGUGCAAGAAAUCCAUGCUGAUGCGAGCGAUGGAGAGCUCAAGAGCCAGGAAGAAACACCACCAUAUGAGGAUGGUGUCCGGCGGGAGGACGAAGAGAAGCGGCUCCCCGCGUGACCCGCUGGGUACCGGCGAACACAUGAAGAGAGCCAAGUUAGGUGAUCCAACCCAGGGAGGCCAAAGCGCGUCGGAGCCUGACCCCCGCACUGUGACCUCUGCCCCUGGAGACAGCUGGGAGGUGGACAGUGGUUUCUCUGAAAGCAGCCCCCCAGCCAGCGGGCGCAGCUCGCCCUGCCCCGCCUCGGCGGUGGUGGCGCUGGACUGCGAGAUGGUGGGGACCGGGCCGGGGGGCCGGUGCAACGAGCUGGCCCGCUGCAGCGUCCUCGACUAUCACGGCAACGUGUUGUACGACCGGUACGUCCGGCCGUGCCAGCCCGUCACCAACUUCCGGACGCCGUGGAGCGGGAUCCGCAGGCAUCACCUCCACAACGCCGUGCCCUUCGCUCAGGCCCGAGAGGAGAUCGUCGCCCUACUGGAAGGCAAGGUGGUGGUGGGCCACUCGGUCUACAACGACUUUGAGGUGCUGAACCUGGACCACCCCGGCCACAUGGUCAGAGACACGAGUUCAGCGCGCCUCCUGAGCCGACUGGCUGGAUUCCCUCGCGGACGCUGCCUUUCCCUUAAGCUGCUGGCCAGCAAGCUGCUGAGCCGGACCAUACAGGCUGGGAGACGAGGCCACUGCUCGGUGGAGGACGCCCAGGCCGCUCUGGACCUCUAUAAGCUGGUGGAGGGCGAGUGGGAGCAGGAGAUGGAGAGGAGGCUGCGAGACGACGAAGACGACGGCAGCGCUCCGCACGAGCCGGGCCACAGCUCCUCAGAUCACUACAUGCAGGACGAGUUCUGGCCAGAUGAGGUGUUAGCAGACGCCCUGUAGGGACCGCCCAGAACCCCAUGAGUGGAAGAUAUGAUCACAGCGGAUCCGUCAGCUGGAGCGCACUGAUUUAGUCAGCCAACAUGUUAAACAUGUUCUAAGGUGAAAAGGCAUUGCAGCAAGUAAAGCAAGACUUUUUGCACCAACACAGCAUUUUGUCUGUGCUUAUACGGACUUUGGUCGUAUUUAUUUGGAGGAAUUUGAUCGUGUUUGAAAGAGGAAGUUUACAUUUCUGUAGAAGCUGCUCUUCUUUAUAGGUCAACCGUUUGGCCCUCUUAGGAGUGGAUGUAUGAGUGCUGCUGGGCUUUCAGUGCAAUUAUUCCUCACAGCGCCGUGAGAAGCAUUCAACAGCAUAUUUCUGCAUUACUGCUGGAAGUGGUGCUGUUAAAGUAGGAGGAACUCUGGACUUCUUUCUGUUUUCAAACACCGUAUAAACGGGACGGUGAACCUUGGCAGAGCGCGUCUUCACAUCCAGCCGUUAACGGGCCGCUUUGCUCCGCCCCGAUCGGCCCCCACAAGUCCAACUGAUUUCAGCCCGCUGCUUCCUGGUGUGACGACGGCACCGGUCCACUGCCUGCCAGCAGCAGGUUCAACCUGAACCAGACCCACAGCAGCCACAACGGGAGACCAGUUCUGCUGGUUUCAGCCUGGUUCACAGCCUGGUUUAUAGCCGUUCACACACGGCCCGCCGUUUGCUCUGAUGUGAAAACUGUACUCCUCUGGUUCCACGUUGCUUCUCAGUGUUCAAGUUAAAUAAAGAAGAAUCUGGUCAAUAUCA